UCGAGGUCCUGGAGUCUGGGCCCCGCGCCUGGUUUCACGGGGUUGAUUGGCUGGUCAGGACCCGAGGAGAUUCAGGCCUAUAAAGAGGGUCCUUAGGAACCUCAGAAAGAACGAACCAGAGCCUGGAGAGGCCUUUAGGACCGAGGGGAGCCAUCUCUUCUCCGAACCAGGCGACAAAUCCGCCCUCCUAGUCCCCAGUGGAUGCCCCCUUCCCCCAGCCUCUGUCACCCACAUUCCCAGACACCGGGCCCGGGCCACCUGCCAGACGCGAUCCCCCGCGGGGCCCGGCGGCCUGGGGCAAAGUUGGCGGCGCCUUCGCGCGGAGCCGUUCCCUCCUCCUCCUCCUUCCUGCCAUCCCUAGAGCCCGUGGCCGCCGCCUCCGGCACGCGUGUCUUCAGGCUCGGGAGCCGAGCCGAGCGGCGCGCCCCGGGCGCCCCUCGCCCACCCGCCGGCCGGGUGCGCGCCGCGGGAGUCUCCUCUCACCCUCCUCUCCCGGUGGCCGGAGGGCCGGGCUCCGCCCCGCCGCCGCCGCUAGCUCGCUCCAGCAGCCCGGGCCGCCGCCGCUGCCCCGCGCCCGGAGCUCCAGUACGCGCGGGGCAGCCGGGGGCGCGGGCGGCGAGCGCAGGGCCGAGCGGCAGGGAGUGGACGGAAGGGAAAAAGCCGGGCGGCGUGGGAGAGAGGCGGGAGCAGAGGCGGGCGCCGCAAACCCCGCGCCCCGCGCCCCGCGCGCUUGCUGCCUCCGGAGACGCGCGGGCCGCCACCGGGCGCACUAGCGGGUCACCUUGUCCGGGAGGUGUGUAACCAGCUUCUCUGGCCAUCUGCUUCCUCCUCCAUAAGUGGGCAUCAUGUCCCAUGCUGGGGUCGGCGAGGUGAUCACCCUGUUAAUGAACGUGAGAGAACUCAGCACAGUGCAAGAGAAAUGGGCCCCGUGAGGCAAGCGUGACCCUCAAGUCCAGCCCGCCAGCCCGACGCCCGGCCGGGAGGACAGCGCCAUGGCUGGAGUCGUGGAGCAGAAGAGCGGGCUGGUGCGCGGCAAGCUCGGCGAGGCCGGCAAGAGGAAUGGCCUGAUCAACACCAGAAGCCUCGUGUCUGAGAGCAGGGAUGGCCUGGUGUCCGUGUACCCGGCGCCCCAGUACCAGAGCUGCCGGAUGGUGGGCAACGCAGCGCCGGCCGCCCCGGACGGCAGCAGGAACAAGCCGGUCCAGCAGCUGCUGGACCCCAACACCCUCCAGCAGUCGGUGGAGUCCCUCUACCGGCCCAACAUCAUCCUCUACUCGGAGGGCGUGCUGCACCCCUGGGGGGACAGCGUGGCGGCCGACUGCUGUGAGACCACCUUCAUCGAGGACCGGUCGCCCGCCAAGGAGAGCCUGGAGUACCCCGACGGCAAGUUCCUCGACCUCUCGCCCGAAGACAUCAAGAUCCACACGCUCUCCUACGACGUGGAGGAGGAGGGGUUCCAGGAGCUGGAGAGCGACUACUCCAGUGACACAGAGAGCGAGGACAACUUCCUCGUGAUGCCCCCACGGGACCACCUGGGCCUUAGCGUCUUCUCCAUGCUCUGCUGCUUCUGGCCCCUGGGCAUCGCCGCCUUCUACCUGUCCCACGAGACGAACAAAGCCGUGGCCAAGGGGGACUUUCACCAGGCCAGCACCAGCUCCCGGCGGGCCCUCUUCCUGGCCGUGCUCUCCAUCACCAUCGGGACCGGCAUCUACGUGGGCGUGGCCGUGGCCCUCAUCGCCUACCUCUCCAAGAGCAACCACCUAUGAGCCUCCCCGGGCGCAUGCGCAUGAAGAGCCUGGGCCAGUUGUGUGCGGGUGCAGAGGAGCGGGCCUGGCAAGGGUGGACACACAGGCAGACACACCUGCGUGAUGCUGUACAGUGUAAGUCAUCGCCAACGACGCCAUAAAGCCCUGGGACCUUCUGCCCAUGGAUUCCUUUUGUUUUCACCCUUUCAUAUCGUUUUCACAGCACUGUGCAGAGCAUGGGACAGAUGGGCACUGCUAACCCUUCUAAGUGGAAGCUCCAUAGAUCCCGACCCUCGCGGCUGUCUCUGGAUGGAUUCUGGUGGAUUAACGCUGGUGCCAGUGCCUGGAAUGCCAUAACAUUAGCAAUAGACGAACAGGAACACGUGUUUAUUUUUAUGGAAUAUGGUGCAACAGGCAGGGGGCAGGGGACACGUGCUCUUCUGUCUGUGGCCCCACCUGACUCCUCUGGCACUGCCCCCCAGGCCACGUGCCUUUCCUGCAGGAAGGCAACGGGCUGGGCGGCAAGAGAGACAGAGCAGCUGCUGGCAGGACCCCCAGCUGUCACGGCUUUCCAGAGGGGUCCAGCCCUGAGAAUGCAGAGCCAGAGUCGUUCCAGGCCCAGAGUGUCACUCCCUCCACGCUGUCCCCAGCCUAGGAACGUCAGGCCUCCUCUGGAACGUGUCCAUACUCCGCAGCCGCCACGCGGCAAUAUGCAAUCCCGGGGCCUCAUUGACCUGGGGCCCAGGGCAGGCCAGCCCCUCCCCAGACUCCUCCCAGAAGGACCCAGGUUUUCUGCAGGAACUCCAGGCCAAGGAGCCAAGACGCCCCCUCAGCGUAAGGACGAGCGCAGGGGGAUGCUUCUACCCGCCUGCGCUGACAUUCACCUUGGUGAUGACAGUGACACUAGUGAUCUUACAGAGGACACGAACCUUCUCUGUCAACUAAAUGAAUAGCUAUUUUCUUGUCAUUUUUUUUAAGUGCAACUAUUGCUUCAUGCUGCUUUAGUUAUCAGAUGAAUGCUGAGAAAUACGUAAUCACAGACAUUUUAAUACCAUUUCAUUGCUGUUUCACGAGUGUUCCUUGUUGAACAAAAGUUACCUUUUA